AUGUCGAGUGUCCACUACAAGUUCUCCUCCAGGCUGAGCUACGAUGUGAUCACAUUUCACGGCCACAACAUCUCCCUGCGUGAGCUCAAGCGCAAGAUCAUGGCCCGCGAGAGGCUGAAGGUGGCCAACUGCGACCUGCAGAUCCUCAAAGCUGAGACCAGUGAAGAAUACCCCGAUGAUGCACAGAUCCCAAAGAAUGUCUCAGUGAUCGUGAAGAGAGUCCCAGCUCGAACCCCCAAUCUGGCUGAGGCCAAUGCUGCAGAAGAGGACAAGAUCAAAGCCAUGAUGAUCCAGUCCUGCUGUUACUAUGAGCCCCUCAAGUAA